CGCCGAUAAACCCCCCCGAAGAGAAGGGAAACAUCAAUCUACUGUUGCUGUCUCCGCUUAGUUAUCUCGCAUGAAAUAUAUAUCUAGAAACCUUGAAUAACCACAACGUAGCUACGAUCUUGAAGAUUGAAUGUUCAACAUGGGUUACAAUAAAUUCAGAGUCAACGCAACUCGGAAGAUGUCGAAGACGUUAGCCUUGACCGUUCUAACCUGUUUGUCGUUCUGCAUCAGUGUUUGCAGGGCAGAGGAUAGUGCCAUGGAGAACAUCGUAACAGAGAGGAAGGUUGAAGAUAACCACAGACAAGACAGUGCCGACCUGCUGAUUUUCAUCAUGCUCCUAACCCUCACGAUUUUAACUAUUUGGUUAUUCAAGCACCGUCGUUUCAGGUUUUUGCAUGAAACGGGACUAGCUAUGAUCUAUGGUGUGCUGGUUGGGGUGGUCCUGCGCUAUGGUAUCCACGUACCCCGUGACAUUAGUAACGUCACCCUCAGUUGCCAUGUCAACGCCAGCCCACCCACACUGCUCGUCAACGUCAGUGGCAAGUUCUACGAGUACAGUCUGAAGGGUGAGAUCAGUCCCUCUGAGAUCAAUGAUGUACAAGACAACGAGAUGCUUCGCAAGGUGACCUUUGACCCCGAAGUGUUCUUUAACAUCCUCCUGCCCCCCAUCAUCUUCCAUGCCGGCUACAGUCUGAAGAGGAGACAUUUCUUCAGGAACAUGGGAUCCAUCCUAGCCUAUGCCUUUCUGGGAACAGUCAUAUCAUGUUUCAUCAUUGGGUUACUGAUGUACGGCUGUGUCACGCUGAUGAAGCAAGUGGGACAGCUUGACGGGGACUUCUUCUUCACUGACUGCCUGUUGUUUGGAGCCAUUGUCUCUGCUACCGACCCCGUGACGGUGCUGGCCAUCUUCAACGAGCUGCAGGUGGACGUGGAUCUGUACGUUCUGCUGUUUGGAGAGAGCGUUCUCAAUGACGCCGUGGCCGUGGUGCUGUCCUCGUCCAUCGUGGCAUACCAGCCGGAGGGGGACAACAGUCACACCUUUGAGGUGAUGGCCAUGUUGAAGUCCUUUGGGGUGUUCCUGGGUGUUUUCAGUGGAUCCUUCGCCCUGGGGGUGGCCACCGGGGUCAUGACAGCACUCGUCACUAAGUUCACUAAGCUGAGAGACUUCCAUCUCCUGGAGACGGCUCUCUUCUUCCUCAUGUCCUGGAGCACCUUCUUAAUGGCUGAGGCCUGUGGCUUCACAGGUGUGGUGGCGGUGCUGUUCUGUGGGAUCACUCAGGCUCACUACACCUUACACAACCUGUCCCCUGAGUCUCAGGACAGGACCAAACAGUUGUUUGAGCUGCUGAACUUCCUGGCGGAGAAUUUCAUCUUCUCCUACAUGGGUCUGGCGCUGUUCACCUUCAAGAACCACAUCUUCAACCCAACCUUCAUUGUCGGGGCUUUCCUGGCAGUGUUCUUGGGAAGAGCAGCCAACAUCUACCCCCUGUCCUUCCUGCUCAACCUGGGACGCAGGAACAAGAUCAGCUCCAACUUCCAACACAUGAUGAUGUUUGCUGGUCUGCGCGGAGCAAUGACCUUUGCCCUUUCCAUCCGGGACACGGCUACAUACGCACGUCAGAUGAUGUUCACCACCACCCUCCUCAUCGUCUUCUUCACCGUGUGGGUCUGUGGAGGGGGAACCACUCAGAUGCUCUCCUGCCAGCACAUACGUGUUGGAGUCGAUUCGGACGCAGAUAACUCAAUGAGCAUGACAGAGGGAUCAGAGCGACGGAGCACCAAACACGAGAGUGCCUGGCUCUUCAGGAUCUGGUACAACUUUGACCACAACUACCUGAAGCCCAUCCUGACCCACAGUGGCCCCCCACUCACCGUCACCAUGCCUGCCUGCUGUGGACCGCUGGCCAGAUGUCUCACCAGCCCACAGGCCUAUGAGAACGAGUGCCAGCUGAAGGACGACGACUCAGACCUCAUCCUGACGGACGGGGACAUCAGCCUGACCUACGGUGACAUCACUGUGAGCACAGAUGCCAGCGGCGCCCACACCAGUGCCGGGCCCGCGGGCACCACCUCCGCCGUCAUCUCCGCUGACGACCUGGACCGCGAGCUGACGUACGGGGACCACGAGCUGGUGAUGAGGGGUACUCGUCUGGUCCUGCCCAUGGACGACUCCGAGCCCCCGCUCGGCGACCCACGACACCGUAUGCGGAUGUGAGGCGAAAGAGAGGCCAGCUAGCCAGAUGACUAAUUCACUCUAAGUCCUGCUCCCCCGCAGGCUGCAGGAAUUAGAUCAACUAAGAUCAGCAAGAGACUGGUCUCUCUCUCUGCCUCUGCCUCUCUCUGCCUCUCUCUCUCUCUCUCUCUCUCUCUCUUCUCUCAUACCGCCCCUCAUCUCUUUCUCUCUCACCCACUGCCUCUCUCUGUCUCUCCUCUUCUCUCA